UGACCCCCGACGGCUUCCGUACCAAAACACACGACCCGUUUUUGGAGCGAAAGUUUUCGAAACACCUGACAGGAUGCACAGCUCACGUAACGGCAGCAGCGUCACGUCGCCGCAUUUAUACAACAUUGUUUAGGCAGCAACACACCGAGCGACUGUAACAAUGGAAGGACUGGAGAUGUCUGCGAUGAUACCGGCUCUCCAGGAGCUAGCGAGCGCCUGCGCGGCUGAGUACGACCAGGCGGUGCAGAAACCGCGACAGAUCCUCUGUCAGUUCAUCGACAGGAUCCUGACGGAUGUGGAUGCUGUCGCUCUAGGGCUGAAUAAGAAGUCCAGUUCGGAGCCGGCCUGUGUGAUGCUGCUGGACUUUGUGCAACAUAUAAUCAAAUCCUCGUCGCUGAUGUUCGCCAACCCUGCCUGCCAGCCCGCCCAGUACCCGGACGCCACGCAGAGCUGUGCUGACUUCAGUAAGUGGGUCGCUGUCCGUUUGCUUCGCGUGGCGGCCGCCCCGGACUGUGACGUCGUCCACGGGCGGGUCGCCGCUGUGCUGUGCUCUUUGCUUCACACUCUGAGAGCCAGGGCCUCGUUCAUCUUCAGCCUCCUCGUUCAGGAGCUGAUUCAUUUGGCCCGGGACCUCAGCGGCAUCCUGCACACCCAUGUUACCACGCUGGCAGGAAGUGGACACACUUUGGACAUCCGACCAUCGACCCGGUGGCCCGCGCCUCUCGAGCGUUUCAUUAUCUCCCGCCGCUGCGCCUUCUCGUACCUCACCCCGUCUCCGCUCGUCCUCUCCUCGCCGGCCGACCUGGAGUCGCUGAGCGCCGUGACGAUCGGCGUCGUCACCGACGCGCUGCGGGGAGUCGUCUCCCGUCGGGACGUCAGCGCGGCCUGGGAGACGGCGUGCUCCUUCCUGGCCAAUGGCAACAGCAGGUUGAGGAAGCGCUCCAUGGCGAUGCUGAGCAGACUCGUGGAGCUGGGAGGCUUCCCCGAGACGCAGGGCCACGAGUUCUUCGCAGCCUACCUUCACCUGCUGGGAACGCACGCCUACGCGCGCACUACGGACGCGAACGUGGAUGAGAAACAGCCGUACGACGGAGAGCUGCUGCGCCUGACCCGCUGCGUGUUCCAGUCGUCCGGUGUCUCUCACUUUGAGCCCGUCCACCUCUCGCAGAUGUUCGAGUGCGUCUGCGCCCUCGGAGGCUCCGACGUCAAACUGGGCUCUGAGGUCACCGAAUCCCUCUGCCUGCUGUUCAGCUUCUUGCUGUCGGUGGCCGCGAUUUAUGAAAGCGCCGCCUUGUUAAGGAGGCAGCGAGUCACAGAGGUCUGCAGGACGCUGGCACGCACCGUUGGAACAGAAGCUCAGGCUGAAUGCGCCGAGGGGUUUCUUCAAGCCGCACUGAGGGCUGAGACCGCUGUGGUGAUGCAGAAGUCUGGAGAUGGAGAGACCGCUGCAAAGAGACCCUGCAACUCUGCCACCAAGUCGGUCAGCAAAACAACAAAAACAGCAGCUGACGAGGUGGACAUGCGCGUUGGCAGCGAGGUUUGGGCUGUGGCGAACACUCGUCUGGAGGAACUGCUGACUUUUUUGAACUCCGACGGCCCGGAAACCCAACGGACUCUGUGUGCUCUGGAGGGUCUGGCCCUCGUCCUCCACCUGGCAGCUCGGUGCUCCUCUCCCACCAGACCGUCUCCUCUUCUCUGGGUGCCCACUGAGACUUUGGGAAGGGCGCUGAAGAGCUGCCAGUCAGUUUUAGAAGGAGGUCCUGUUCCCGACUCAAACCGCGGCUACUUUCACUCUGCUUUAGGGACCACAGUUAGAGUCCUGGACUCCAUCCUCUACCUGAACAUAAACAGCGACGGCGAGGACGGGCUCCAGCGGCGUGUGUGUGCUCUGCUGUCUCUUCCGUGGGUGUGUGAGAGCAAGUCCGUCUCAGCCUUCAAGGGUUCAGGAUUCCCCGCCUGGCUGCCCGCCUUGGCUAAAAGACUCGGCUUCUGUUACUCGCCGGAGUUCCGGGCCGAGUGCGUGUCGCUGCUGGCCCUUCAGCGCCGCGGCGUGUGCGAGACGUGGCGCGUGUGCGUGUUCUCCAAGACGUUGCUGUGCCAAGACGAGGCGGUGAGAGCGGCGGCGGUCAAGGCCUUCCCUCUUCUGCUUCACCACCUUGGAAACUCUCACCACAACCUCAUCGCCACUUCCCUGCUUCCCAGGAUGGAGGACGGCUCGGAGCGGGUGAAGAAGGAGCUUGCCAGGAUAGUCGGUCAGCUGAGCUGCAUCCAAUCGGAGGUCUCCCAGCUCAGCGCCAGCCACACAGUGUCCGCUCGCACUCCUGAGAUCCUCUGCCACCGGCUCAGCCUUGCAGCGGAGCAUUCUGGGAAGACUUUUCCUUCCCUCGGGGCGACUGUUGUCAGACCCUUCCUGCCGCUGCUUGAGCAGCAAGCUCCGAGCAGCGGUAAACAAGCGUUCCUAGAAGCUCUGCCUCAUCUCUGCCAGCAUGUGAAACUGGUGGGUGACGACGGCGACUCUCAGGCGGUUCUCUGUGCUCUCAUUGGUCUCAUGGAAGACUCGGACGCAGUGGUCAGAACGCGCUUCAGCCAAUCGGUGCGUUUCCUGCUGACGGAGACCACCAGGAACUCCGAGCACGGCUCUCUGAGCGAGCUCCUGGUCACCCGUCUUAAAGAGGCGUUCAACAGCGCUAAACUCAAAAGGGACGACGACCUGCGCAACACUCUGAUCCUCACCACCGGGGAGAUCGGCAGAGCGUCUCAGGGAAGUCUGGUGUCGUUCUCUCUGCUGCGGCUGCUCCACUGUCUGCUGUCCAAGUCGUCCCCGGUGUCCGUAGCUGCUUACGCUCAGAUCCGAGCUCUGGCCACCGCCAAAGGUCUUAAACUGCAAACCCUCUUCAGUCAGUACAAGAACCCAAUUUGCCAGUUCCUGGUGGAGUCGCUGCAUUCUCGUCACGGGUCGGCCCUGCGAGGCACGCCGGAUCAGGGCAAAGAAUCGGCCAAUCAGAGAGAGCUUGCUCUGGACAUCCUGGCUCAGAUCGCACACGCUUUUGAUUUCCCAGACCUCCACCGCUUCCUCACUAGGACCCUGCAGGUGCUCUUGCCCUACCUGGCAGCGAAAGCGAGCUCGACAGGCUCCGCCCUCAUCCGCACCCUGGCCAAUGAGCUGAAGGCAAACAGGAGAGAGAUCCUGAUCAACAACUUCAAAUACAUCUUUAGCCACCUGGUGUGUUCCUGCACUAAAGAAGAGCUAGAGAGGGCCUUCCACUACCUGCAGAGUGAGACAGAGAUCGAACUGGGCUCUCUGCUCAGGCAGGACUUCCAGGGUCUUCACAACGAGCUGCUGCUGCGCUUGGGAGAGCACUACCAACAGGUGUUUAAUGGGCUCGCUAUCCUGGCGUCCUUUGCAACCAAUGAUGACCCGUACCAGGGUCCCCGAGACAUCACCUCUCCAGAACGAAUGGCGGACUACCUGCAGCCGAAGCUGCUGGGAAUUCUUGCCUUCUUCAACAUGCAGCUGCUCAGCUCCGGCGCGGGAGAGAAGGACCGCAAAAAGUUGGCUCUGACCAGUGUGAUGGCUCUAAUGCGACUCAUGGGCUCCAAACACAUCAGCUCGGUGCGGGUAAAGAUGAUGACGACGCUCCGCACGGGUCUCCGAUACAGAGAGGACUUCCCUCUGCUCUGCUGCCAGACGUGGGAUUGUUUUGUGAGGAGCGUGGAGACGGCCCACCUGGGACCUCUACUGAGUCAUGUUAUUGUUGCCCUCCUGCCUCUGAUCCCGCUGCAGCCCAAAGAAACUGCUGCCAUCAUCCGCUUCCUAAUACUGGAAAACAGGGAGGAAGUCAACGACUACCUUCAUGAGAUUUACUUUCUGCCAGACCACCCAGAGCUGAACAUCCACACGGUUCUGCAGAACUACAAGAAGCUGACAGCCAGCAGCAGCGACUUGGCCGCGGCGCUGCAGCUCUCCAUGAGGGCGGUGCAACACGAAAACGUUGACGUCAGGGUUCAUGCGCUGACCAGCCUCAGGAACAUGAUGCACAGCAAGCAGAAGUGGCUGCUGCGUCAGGUCUGUGCGAGUGAAGCGGUGGAGCCGGUCAUCUCCAGCUUGGUGUCGGUGCUGCUGAAGGGCUGCCAGGACUCGUCCCCGGAGGCCAGGCUCCUCUGCGGGGAGUGUCUCGGGGAGCUGGGGGCCGUAGAUCCUGGACGUCUGGAUCUGUCACACACUCAAACGCAUGGCGACCGCAACACCUUUGUGAGUGGAGUCGAUGAUCCCAACUUUGCCUACGACCUGCUUAAUGAACUGACCAGAACGUUCCUGGCUUACGCUGAUGAUGUGAGAGCACAGGACUCUUCUGCCUAUGCAAUCCAGGAGCUGCUGUCCAUCUUUGAGUGUCGUGAGGGUCGAUUAGACACAGCAGGGCGCCGGCUGUGGAGGAGAUUCCCAGAGCAGAUUCAAGAAAUAUUGGAACCACACCUCAACAGCAGGUAUAAGAGCAGUCAAAAGGAGGUAAACUGGUCCAAGCUAAAGAAGCCGGUGUACUUAAGCAAGAGAGGCAGCAAAUUCUCUGAUUGGUCAGCCACCUGGGCUGGAUACCUCAUCAGCAAGGUGAGACACGAGCUGGCCAGCAAAGUGUUCACCUGCUGCAGCUUCAUCAUCAAACACGACUACAAGGUCACAAUCUACCUGCUGCCUCAUAUUCUGCUCUACAUGCUGCUGGGCUGCACACCUGCAGAGCAACAGGAGGUAACGGAGGAGAUGCUGGCCGUGCUGACAGCGGAGGACGGUCGAGGAGGCGGGCCCGGUCAGGAGACGGCCUCCAGCCUGUCACAGCUCAGCACUCAAACCGUCUUCAGCAUGUUUUCUCACCUCACACAGUGUAGCCGCCACUUCCUCUACUCCAAACCCAAACACAGCGAGAGCGGCGACUACCAGCGGGUGGUGGCCUUCCUCAAGGGUAUUCCACAGGACGUCCUGGCCAAGGCUUCUCUGCGAUCCAACGCGUUCACUCGCGCCCUCAUGCACUUUGAAGCAUACAUCUUAGAAAACAAAGAGGACAUCCAGGACCAUCUCACCUUCUUGCAGACUCUCUAUGCCGCCAUGCAUGAGCCCGAUGGAGUGAGGGGGGUCAACGCAGUAAGGAGGGAGGAGCCGUCGCUACGUGAGCAGAUACUGGAGCAUGAGAGCAUCGGCCUGCUGCGAGACGCAACCGCCUGCUAUGACCGGGCCAUUCAGCUGGAGUCGGACCAGAUCGGUCACUAUCACGGGGUGAUGACCUCUAUGCUCGGCCUGGGACAACUGUCAACUGUCAUCACUCAGGUCAAUGGAGUACUGGCCAGCAAGCAUCAGUGGAAGUCGGAGCUGAACACCUACAGAGUGGAGGCCGCCUGGAAGCUCGGAAAAUGGGACCUGCUCGAAGAGUAUUUGAGUUCAGACCCCCAGUCCAAUACCUGGGGGGUGCGACUUGGCCAGUUACUGCUGUCCGCUAAGAAGCAGGAUGCCGAGACUUUCUAUGACAGGCUGAAGCUGGUGAGGAAGGAACAGAUUGUCCCUCUGUCUGCAGCCAGUUAUGAGUGUGGCACCUACCAGAGAGGAUACGAGUACAUCGUCAGGCUCCACAUGCUCAGCGAGUUGGAACACAGUUUUACUGAGCUGCAGAAACAGAGGGAAUGCUCCACCCCCGGCCCCACUCACCUGCCUCCUCAUUGGUCCGAUCGCCUGGAGAUGACCCAAAAUUCCUUCAGGGCCAAGGAACCGGUCCUGGCCCUCCGCCGUUCCCUGCUCAGCUUGGGACCACAGCAAAAGAGCAAAGCGCUGGUCGGCGAGUGCUGGCUGCAAAGCGCCCGUGUGGCCAGAAAGGCAGGACACCACCAGACUGCCUUCAAUGCACUACUGAACGCAGAGCACACACACCUGGCCGAGCUGGUGACCGAGAAGGCCAAGUGGCUUUGGUCCAAGGGCGACGUGCACGAGGCCCUCAUCGUCCUGCAGAAGGGCGUGGCCCAGUGUUUCCCCCACGACCAGCCGCUCACAGAGCCUCGCAGCCUGCAGACCAAGAGCAAGGCCAUGCUGCUGGUGGGACGCUUCAUGGAGGAGACGGCCAACUUUGAGUCCAACGCCAUCAUGAAGGCGUACAAGGAUGUUACCAACCUUCUGCCUGAGUGGGAGGAUGGAAACUUCUACCUGGCCAAGUAUUACGACAAAGUGAUGCCAAUGGUGACUGAUAACAAGCUGGAGAAACAGGGGAACCUCAUCCGAUAUAUCGUAACAUACUUUGGAAAAGCCUUGCAGUUUGGAAACCAGUACAUCUACCAGGCCAUGCCUCGCAUGCUGUCUCUCUGGCUGGAUUUUGGAGCCAAAGUGUGUGAGUGUGAGAAAGCGGGGCGAGCAGAUAGACCGAUGCGACAGGAGCUGGGAAAAAUCAACACGGUGAUGAGCGAGCACUGUGCCAACUUGGCGCCGUACCAGUUCCUGACCGCCUUCUCCCAGCUCAUCUCCAGGGUCUGCCAUUCCAGCGACGAGGUCUUCAACGUCCUCAUGAAAAUCGUGGCCAAAGUCUUCCUGGCGUACCCACAACAGGCCAUGUGGCUAAUGGCCGCUGUCUCCAAGUCUUCCUAUCCGAUGCGUAUGAACCGUUGUAAUCAGAUCCUUAAGAAAGCAAUUAGUCUUAAACAGUCUCUGGAGAAAUUCAUUGGAGAUGCCAACAGGUUGACCGACAAGCUGCUGGAGCUCUGCAACAAGCCGGUGGAUGGAAGCAGCAGCACCCUCAGCAUGAGCGUUCACUUCAAGCAGCUAAAACGUCUGGUGGAGGAGCCGACCUUCAGCCAGAUCCUGAUCCCACUGCAGUCGGUCCUCAUCCCAACGCUGCCGUCUACCGGCGGGGCAAACACGCAGCACGACGCUUUCCCCGGACACUGGGCCUACCUGAGCGGGUUUGAUGACAAUGUGGAGAUCUUGGCCUCCUUACAGAAGCCUAAGAAGAUAAGCCUGAAGGGUUCAGAUGGGCGGAGCUACACCAUGAUGUGUAAACCUAAAGAUGACCUGAGGAAGGACUGCAGACUCAUGGAGUUCAACUGCCUCAUAAACAAGUGCCUACGUAAAGAUGCUGAGUCACGGCGGAGGGAGCUGCACAUCCGCACCUACGCUGUGAUUCCUCUCAAUGAGGAGUGCGGCAUCAUCGAAUGGGUCAACAACACCGCUGGACUUCGACACAUACUCACCAAGCUGUAUAAAGAGAGAGGCAUCUACUUAUCAGGUAAAGAGCUCCGGAAGCUUAUUCUUCCGAAGACGGCCCCCUUUGAGGAGAAGCUACGAAUCCACAAGGAGGUGCUUUGCGUUCGACACCUUCCUAUAUUCCACGAGUGGUUCCUCCGGACCUUCCCCGACCCUACAUCAUGGUACAGCAGUCGCUCCGCGUACUGCCGCUCCACUGCCGUGAUGUCCAUGGUGGGCUACAUCCUGGGUCUGGGCGAUCGCCACGGGGAAAACAUCCUCUUUGACUCUUUCACUGGGGAAUGUGUUCAUGUCGACUUCAACUGCCUGUUUAACAAGGGGGAGACCUUCGAUGUGCCAGAAGUGGUUCCCUUCCGUCUGACCCAGAACAUGGUCCACGCUAUGGGCCCCAUGGGCAUCGAGGGCCUCUUCAGGCAGGCCUGUGAGGUCACCUUGAGACUAAUGCGGGACCAAAGGGAACCGCUCAUGAGUGUGCUGAAGACCUUCCUUCAUGACCCCCUGGUGGAGUGGAGCAAACAAGCCAAAGGACUUUCAAAAGCUCAGGCCAAUGAGACGGGAGAGAUCGUCAAUGAAAAGGCGAAAACCCUCGUGUGUGACAUCGACCAGCGUCUGCAGGGAGUCAUAAAGAGCAGGAACAAAGUGCUGGGUCUACCUCUGUCCAUAGAGGGACACGUCCACUACCUCAUACAGGAAGCAACAGACGACAAACUGCUCUGUCAGAUGUAUCUGGGCUGGGGGCCCUACCUGUAGAACACACCUUUACCUGUAGAACGCACCUAGGUUUACUAAAUGUAUGUAAAGAAGCUUUCCUGUUAUCAAAUACUUGCACAUACAUUUUGUUAUGAAGAAACAAAAUAAUUCACUACCGUUUGGUGACGAGCUCUUCAUCGUUCCGUUUGUUUGUUUUUGUACUUUCAUCAUUGGGAAGUCCGGUUUUCUGGAGACCAAAUAUAUUUGUUACAUUUCUGUACAAUCUCUUGCAAUAAAAAUGUUUUUGCAGAUUUGA